AUGGAUGCCUCUGAACGGCCUCGUGGCCAGGAGCAUAUCCCAGAGUAUCCCAAGCUGUGGAUCUGGAUGCGCGUGUUCCAGCUCGUCGUUGGGCUCGCGGUGCUUUUCCUUUCGAUCCAUGCUUUGGAAGGGUUCCGCUUCUUGCAGGACCUUUCCAUUGUCAUGAUAGUCAUUUCUGUCAUCUCCGUCGGCCUCACAAUCUGGCUCAUCGUCGCCCAAUUCUCGUCCCCCCGCGCCUUCAGGUACUGGGUCACCCUCGCGCUCGACUUUGCCAUCUUCGUCGCCUGGACCGUCUCCGGCUCCAUCCUCGUCUCGCACACCUCGGCCCUCGUCGCGCAGCGCGGCGUCGGCCACCACGUUCCUCCUGCUCCUGCUCCUGAGCAUGAGGAAGAGCAGCAGCAUCAUCCUCUUCACGAGAGCCACGUUUCGACGUUUUAUGCCAUUGCCGGUCUUGCGUGUCUGGAAUUCUCCCUCUUCUGCUCCUCAUGGAUCAUCGACGCCGUCGUCAUCCGCCGCCACCGCCAAAUCGGCCUCCCCUCCAAGCCGCUCAAGAAGCGGGCUUCGCUUCCCGUCCCGGCGGCGGUAGAGAGGACGCAGACUAAGCAGAUAGUAGUACCCGUGUCUCCUCCCCAGAAGCCGCGCGUCAAGCCUACGCUUGCUGAACGGGUUGAGAUGCUUUUCAGGGGACAGAAGCAAGAAGAGGCGGGGGUCUCGGAAGGAGUUGGCUUUGAGGGCAGCGAGGAGGGCGGACAUGGGGGACGGGGAAGUCGUGAUGGCGGAGAUGGAGUUUGA